GUGUACGUGCGGGAACACAAACAUGCGAAGUAGGUGAUCCAUUAUGAUUUUUGGAAAUUCAACAUAAACAAGGAUGGCACAAACAAGAGCUUUACCUCAAAGCAAAGAAGCAUUAUUGAAGUCCUACACAAAACGCCUCAAAGACGAUGUUAGGUCGAUGCUGGACAACUUCACUGAAAUCAUCAAGCUGGCCCGGAUAGAGGAAGACAGUCAGCUGAGCAAAGCCACCCAGUCAGAACAGGACCAGUACGAGAUGCAAGUGCGAGCAGCCAACAUUGUAAGAGCUGGCGAAUCUUUGAUGAAGCUUGUGUCAGAUAUUAAACAGUAUCUCAUACUGAAUGACUUCCCAUCCAACAAUGAAUCCAUUUCACAGAGGACAAAUCUUUAUAAACGUUUGCAGGCAGAUAUGGACACCAAACUGAUGCUACUCCGCGACGAAAUGGCGUUAGAACUUUACGACCUUGAAGAGGAGUAUUAUUCCUCGACUUGUAAAUGAACGGAAAGAUCUUUUGAAGAUUGUGGUCAUCAAAAGAAAACAAAGAUUUGGUGUCAGACUUUGUGAAGUCUGAACUCGCGAUGAUGAACGUACUGAAAGAACAGUGCUUAAGAGGGAUUAUCGAAAGCCAACAGACACGGCUUGUGUGAGGCUGAUUUGCUGUUUUUGUUGAAAUGUAAAGUCACAGGUUUCUUUGAUUUUGCAUUCAGUCUGCAGUUUCAGUUCAGGGCUGAAGACAACAUCAGCAGCUUCUGUUAUUGCAUGCCAAGGAUUUUUCAGUGUAACUUGCCUACCAUGAGAAAAUUGUGGUGUACUAUUUGACACGAAAAGGAACUUGUCUCAAUUCUCAAACUUGAUGCACCCUUAACUGAACAUCAACUUUUAAAAGUUUUUGUGUCAAGUGUUUGCAUGUUGAAGCCCCAUUUGAAACUUGAUGUCGUAACUCAGUAUGCAGUGUCAGGUUUCCUUAAAGAUGUAGUGUCUACACCAAAACU